AUGAAUGUAAACAAAACAAUUAUGAGUUCGCCACCAGAUGUAUCAGCAGAGAUUCUAGAUGAUGCCGUCAAUAUUUUCGAAAUAGAGUCGAGCGAUGAAGAAAUUGAAUAUGGUCUCACUACAUACAAUCGUGUAGAACCAAUAAAGAAUAAUACAGAUAUCACAUCAUUGACAGUUAGACUACCACAAAGACAUUCAUUAUGGGCACAUCUAGCUUGGAAUGCGGGUCUUGCACUCUCUGAUUUCUUGGAUCAAAAUAUUGAUUUCACUGAUAAAACUGUUUUGGAAUUGGGAUCGGGUGCAGGUUUACCAUGUUUUAUUGCAACAUUGAACAAUGCCAAGACCGUUGUUAUGACAGACUAUCCAGAUAAGACUUUGAUCGACAAUUUAGAGUACAAUCGUAGUAAUACACUACCGGAGCGAUUUACAAACAACAACAGACUAUUUAUUUACGUUGCAUUUUCACAUCAUAGACCACACAGAGUAGAGAAAGAUAUGAACUUUUUCAAGAUUGCACAAGAAGAACCAUUUAAUUUCAUCGCAGAGAAAUUCAAAGAGUUAAAGAUGAAACCGAUGUUUGCCGAAGAUUUAGGAAGUGAAGAAGUAAGAAAAACAGUACACUUUUAUACAUUAAAGAAAAAGCAACAACAAUAA